CCCGCCUCUUCAUCCAAGACAUAAAGUCGCCACCAGCCUCCUUAGCCGGCACACGGACAUCUGCUCUCUCCGGAAGCUUUUGGCAGCCACCAUGUCCACCUUCGUGGAGCUCAGUACCAAAGCCAAGAUGCCCAUCGUGGGCCUGGGCACCUGGCAGUCUCCCCCAGGCCAAGUCAAGGAAGCCGUGAAGGCGGCCAUUGAUGCUGGAUAUCGCCACAUUGACUGUGCGUACGCCUAUCAGAAUGAGAGUGAAGUAGGGGAAGCCAUCCAAGAGAAGAUCAAAGAGAAGGCUGUGAAGCGGGAGGACCUCUUCAUCGUCAGCAAGCUGUGGUCCACCUGCUUUGAGAGAAAGCUGCUAAAGGAGGCCUUCCAGAAGACCCUCACCGACCUGAAACUGGACUAUCUGGACCUCUAUCUUAUUCACUGGCCACAGGGACUUCAGCCUGGAAAGGAGUUAUUCCCCAAAGACGAUCAAGGCAACAUCCUCACCAGCAAAAUAACGUUCCUGGAUGCCUGGGAGGUCAUGGAGGAACUGGUGGAUGAAGGGUUAGUGAAAGCCCUGGGCAUCUCCAACUUCAACCACUUCCAGAUCGAAAGGCUCCUGAACAAGCCUGGACUGAAACAUAAGCCAGUGACCAACCAGGUCGAGUGUCACCCGUACCUCACUCAGGAGAAACUGAUCCAGUACUGUCACUCCAAGGGUAUCACUGUCACAGCCUACAGCCCCCUGGGCUCUCCAGCUAGGCCUUGGGCCAAGCCAGAAGACCCUUCACUCCUAGAGGACCCCAAGAUUAAAGAGAUUGCUGCAAAGCACAAGAAAACCCCAGCCCAGGUCCUGAUUCGGUUCCACAUCCAGAGGAACGUGGUGGUGAUCCCCAAGUCUGUGACACCAGCGCGUAUACGUGAGAACUUCCAGGUCUUUGACUUCCAGCUGAGUGACCAGGAGAUGGCCACUAUCCUCAGCUUCAACAGAAACUGGAGGGCCUGCCUGCUGCCUAGCACAGUGAACAUGGAAGAAUAUCCCUACAAUGCAGAAUACUGAAGGCAACCCUUAAGUCCUCAUGCUGGUCCAGGGCAGACUGCGUUCAAGAAAAUGUGACUCUGAGAAGCAAUCGGACAUUUCUUUCAUUGAUUUGAUCUGACCGAAUGUUUGUCAAAAAAAUCAGGAACUCUGGUAACACUGGAGGACAUAAGGGUAGAACAAUACAAAUUGCAACAUUAAUAAACAUAUCCAACACA